GAGCCCAGGAAGCAGUAGGAGGAAAGCAAAAGAUCACGUGGACUAAUUUCACCCUCACAAACAGAAAAGUGGGUCCCAACACAUUCUCUUUCCUCCUUUUCUCUCAAUCAUCUCUGUUCUCCGAAAACCACCCACACACAGAACCAGAGGGUAAAAACAGACGCCCGAGCAGACCAACCAACCAGCUCAGCUUUAGAGAGAGGAAAAAAUUUCACGAAAGCCUACAGACAGAGAGAGACAGAGAGAGAGAGAGAGAGAGAGAGAUGGACGAGAGUUCAACUGGGGCUUUAGUCCCGGCGGUGAAACCCGACCCGAAACAGCCGUCGGGUGGGGAACCGGAGGAUCCGAGAGCAGAGGCGGCGGCGGCCGAGGCGGGGUUGGCGGAGCUGGACAAGGAUUUUCUUUGUCCGAUUUGUAUGCAGAUGAUAAAGGACGCUUUCUUAACGGCUUGCGGUCACAGUUUCUGCUACAUGUGCAUUAUCACCCACCUCCGCAACAAGAACGAUUGCCCUUGCUGUGCUCAUUACCUCACCACCAACCAAUUGUUCCCCAAUUUCUUGCUUGACAAGCUACUGAAGAAAACUAGUGCCCGGCAAAUAUCAAAGACUGCAAGCCCUGUGGAGCAUUUUCGUCAGGCAAUUCAACAUGGUUGUGAUGUGUCAAUUAAGGAGCUAGACAUCCUUUUGGCACUUCUUGCAGAAAAGAAGAGGAAAAUGGAACAGGAAGAAGCUGAGAGAAAUAUGCAAAUACUUUUGGACUUCUUGCAUUGCUUGAGGAAGCAAAAAGUCGAUGAGCUCAGAGAGGUGCAAACCGACCUCCAGUUUAUCAAAGAGGACAUAAGUGCUGUAGAGAGACAUAGAAUAGAUUUGUAUCGUGCAAGGGAUAGGUACUCUUUGAAGCUGCGGAUGCUUGGAGAUGAUUCAAGUGCAAGAAAACCAUGGGCUUCAUCAGUGGAUAAGACCAACAGCGGUCCCAUGUCCAGUUCGUAUAAUCUAUAUGGUGGAAUGUCUACUGCAAAUAUGCAAAUUAAGAAAGUGGAUGGAAGGGGUCAAGUAAGCUCUGGUGGACUCCAGAGAAAGGAUGGUGUAAGUGGAUCAGAUCCACAGUUUGUCAACCAGUCGGGUCUUGCUAUUGUGAGAAAAAAGCGGGUCCAUGCACAGUUUAAUGACUUACAAGAAUGCUACCUGCAAAAGCGACGUCAGUUGGCGAAUCAACCAUAUAACGCUCUAGAAAGGGAUAAAAAUAUCAUACAAAGAGAGGGUUAUACUGCAGGUUUGGCAAAUUUCCAGUCAGUUUUAACCACAUUCACACGGUAUAGCCGAUUGAGGGUCAUUGCUGAACUUAGACAUGGAGAUCUCUUUCAUUCGGCCAAUAUAGUGUCAAGCAUAGAAUUUGAUCGCGAUGAUGAGUUAUUUGCUACUGCUGGGGUGUCACGGCGCAUAAAAGUUUUUGACUUCUCCACGGUUGUUAAUGAUCCUGCUGAUGUGCAUUGCCCUGUUGUUGAGAUGCCAACGCGUUCAAAACUUAGUUGCUUGAGCUGGAACAAGUUCGUUAAGAACCAUAUAGCUAGUAGUGAUUAUGAAGGCAUUGUGACAGUUUGGGAUGUAAAUACUCGACAGAGUCUGAUGGAAUACGAAGAGCAUGAAAAACGUGCAUGGAGUGUUGAUUUUUCACGUACAGAACCGUCAAUGCUUGUAUCUGGUAGUGAUGAUUGUAAGGUCAAAGUUUGGUGCACAAAGCAGGAAGCUAGUGUUCUUAACAUUGACAUGAAAGCAAACAUAUGUUGUGUCAAAUAUAAUCCUGGAUCCAGCAAUUACAUUGCGGUUGGUUCAGCAGACCAUCACAUCCACUAUUAUGACUUAAGAAAUAUCAGCCAUCCGCUUCAUGUGUUCAGUGGGCACAGGAAAGCUGUUUCAUAUGUGAAAUUCUUGUCAAACCACGAGCUUGCCUCUGCAUCAACAGACAGUACUUUACGGUUAUGGGAUGUCAAAGAAAAUCUGCCUGUUCGCACCUUUAAAGGUCACACAAAUGAAAAGAAUUUUGUGGGUCUGACAGUAAAUAGCGAAUACAUUGCAUGUGGCAGUGAAACAAACGAAGUGUUUGUCUACCAUAAGGAAAUCUCCAAACCUGUAACUCGGCAUAGAUUCGGUUCUCCUGAUUUGGAUGAUACGGAUGAUGAUGCAGGUUCUUAUUUCAUUAGUGCUGUAUGCUGGAAGAGUGAUAGUCCUACCAUGCUAACUGCUAACAGUCAGGGAACCAUUAAAGUGCUGAUUCUUGCUGCCUGAACAACUUGGUAGAAAGAAAAAAGGGGUCUUCCAUAGACAAAGAAAUUGAGUUGGGAAUUAUUCAAUUCAACAAAAAAAAUAAAUAAAUAAAAGAAAAGAAAAAGAGAAAAAUAAAAAAUAGAAAGGUGAAUUUGGGAUAAGCUGUUAUUCUGUAAUUGAACGUAAUAAUUGUUAUCUUGUACAUAUCAUUGAAAUGUAAUUGUAAAGGUAGUAUAGGUUUUAGAGGGCAUGGUUUGUAAAUGUUGUUAUUCAUUAGGCGGCUGUAAGUACUACUCUCCGGGAAGAUGGGAACACUAUACCAUUGAUCAUUUGAGAUACCAUUGAUCAUUUGAGAGAAUUAAUUGAAACUUUUCACAGCCAUGCAUUCAGAUGAA